AGGAUGAUAAGUACUGGUCCCGGCGCAGUAAGAACAACGUGGCAGCGAAGCGUUCCCGCGACGCGCGGCGCCUCAAGGAGAAUCAGAUCACGGUCCGGGCCGCCUUCCUGGAGAAGGAGAACGCAGCCCUGAGGGCCGAGGGUGGCGGAGCUGCGGAGGGACUGCGGGCGCUCCAAGAACGAGCUCGCCAAGUACCAGGACAAAUACGGACCGCUGUGAGGACCGGGAGCGGCCGCUAUACACACACAGGACCGCUGUGAACACGAGAGGUCUCUCUCAGCGUCUUCAGUGUAAAUUCAACGGCAAACGUUUCCACUAGAAGUCUUUCUCAGCGUCUCCAGUGUGAAUUCAACGGCAAACGUUUCCACUAGAAGUCUUUCUCAGCGUCUCCAGUGUGAAUUCAACGGCAAACGUUUCCACUAGAAGUCUCUCUCAGCGUCUUCAGUGUAAAUUCAAUGGCAAACGUUUCCACUAGAAGUCUCUCUCAGCGUCUUCAGUGUGAAUUCAAUGGCAAACGUUUCCACUAGAGGUCUCUCUCAGCGUCUUCAGUGUAAAUUCAAUGGCAAACGUUUCCACUAGAAGUCUCUCUCAGCGUCUUCAGUGUGAAUUCAAUGGCAAACGUUUCCACUAGAGGUCUCUCUCAGCGUCUUCAGUGUAAAUUCAAUGGCAAACGUUUCCACUAGAAGUCUCUCUCAGCGUCUUCAGUGUAAAUUCAAUGGCAAACGUUUCCACUAGAAGUCUCUCUCAGCGUCUUCAGUGUAAAUUCAAUGGCAAACGUUUCCACUAGAAGUCUCUCUCAGCGUCUUCAGUGUAAAUUCAAUGGCAAACGUUUCCACUAGAGGUCUCUCUCAGCGUCUUCAGUGUAAAUUCAAUGGCAAACGUUUCCACUAGAAGUCUCUCUCAGCGUCUUCAGUGUGAAUUCAAUGGCAAACGUUUCCACUAGAAGUCUCUCUCAGCGUCUUCAGUGUGAAUUCAAUGGCAAACGUUUCCACUAGAGGUCUCUCUCAGCGUCUUCAGUGUAAAUUCAAUGGCAAACGUUUCCACUAGAAGUCUCUCUCAGCGUCUUCAGUGUAAAUUCAAUGGCAAACGUUUCCUAUAGAAGUCUCUCUCAGCGUCUUCAGUGUAAAUUCAAUGGCAAACGUUUCCACUAGAAGUCUCUCUCAGCGUCUUCAGAGUAAAUUCAACGGCAAACGUUUCCUCUAGAAGUCUUUCUCAGCGUCUCCAGUGUGAAUUCAACGGCAAACGUUUCCUCUAGAAGUCUUUCUCAGCGUCUCCAGUGUGAAUUCAACGGCAAACGUUUCCUCUAGAAGUCUUUCUCAGCGUCUCCAGUGUGAAUUCAACGGCAAACGUUUCCUCUAGAAGUCUUUCUCAGUGUCUUCAGUGUAAAUUCAACGGCAAACGUUUCCACUAGAAGUCUUUCUCAGCGUCUUCAGUGUAAAUUCAAUGGCAAACGUUUCCACUAGAAGUCUUUCUCAGCGUCUCCAGUGUGAAUUCAACGGCAAACGUUUCCUCUAGAAGUCUUUCUCAGCGUCUUCAGUGUAAAUUCAAUGGCAAACGUUUCCACUAGAAGUCUCUCUCAGCGUCUUCAGUGUAAAUUCAAUGACAAACGUUUCCACUAGAAGUCUCUCUCAGCGUCUUCAGUGUAAAUUCAACGGCAAACGUUUCCACUAGAAGUCUCUCUCAGCGUCUUCAGUGUAAAUUCAACGGCAAACGUUUCCACUAGAAGUCUCUCUCAGCGUCUUCAGUGUAAAUUCAACGGCAAACGUUUCCACUAGAAGUCUCUCUCAGCGUCUUCAGUGUAAAUUCAACGGCAAACGUUUCCACUAGAAGUCUCUCUCAGCGUCUUCAGUGUAAAUUCAACGGCAAACGUUUCCUCUAGAAGUCUCUCUCAGCGUCUUCAGUGUAAAUUCAAUGGCAAACGUUUCCACUAGAAGUCUUUCUCAGCGUCUUCAGUGUAAAUUCAACGGCAAACGUUUCCUCUAGAAGUCUCUCUCAGCGUCUUCAGUGUAAAUUCAAUGGCAAACGUUUCCACUAGAAGUCUCUCUCAGCGUCUUCAGUGUAAAUUCAACGGCGAACGUUUCCACUAGAAGUCUCUCUAAGCGUCUUGAUUCCAGUACAGUUGACUUGCAGUACCAUUUUCAACCACUGUGUGGUUCUAUCGAGUCCUCUCCCCGCCGCCGCCCCCCCCCCCCCCCCAACCCCCCCCCCCCCCCCCCCGACUUUGAAUUGACCGCCACCUCGUGGAUGAAACGUGAACUGCACCUGUUAUUUUAAUAUAUUUUCAAUUUGUUUGUUUUGGGUUUUUUUUAUAGAAAUAAAAACGUAUAAGUACCUUGGGCAUUGGCUUUUUAAUUUUGUACAGACCAGUCUGUGUAUUUAAAAUGUAUUCCAUUCAUAAUAAUAGUAAUAAUAAUAAUAAUAAAUAUAUAUUUAAAAAAUGGUUGUUGUGUGUGUUUCUGUAUUAUUGUGGUUUCCACUAGAAGUCUCUCUCAGCGUCUUCAGUGUAAAUUCAACGGCAAACGUUUCCUCUAGAAGUCUCUCUCAGCGUCUUCAGUGUAAAUUCAAUGGCAAACGUUUCCACUAGAAGUCUCUCUCUGUGUCUUCAGUGUAAAUUCAAUGGCAAACGUUUCCACUAGAAGUCUCUCUCAGCGUCUUCAGUGUAAAUUCAAUGGCAAACGUUUCCACUAGAAGUCUCUCUCAGCGUCUUCAGUGUAAAUUCAAUGGCAAACGUUUCCACUAGAAGUCUCUCUCAGCGUCUUCAGUGUAAAUUCAAUGGCAAACGUUUCCACUAGAAGUCUCUCUCUGUGUCUUCAGUGUAAAUUCAAUGGCAAACGUUUCCACUAGAAGUCUCUCUCAGCGUCUUCAGUGUAAAUUCAAUGGCAAACGUUUCUUAAU